AUGCAUUUCUUUUGGGAAGUUUUAUUCGUCUUCACAUUGGGCACAACCUUUAUGAAAACGUUGGCUUUUUCCCGCCAUGAGGAGAACAACAGGACGUAUAGCCAAGGAUCACUCUUAGAGAUACUACAAAUGUUUAUGCCUGUAAAUCAAUCUGGUCUGCAAAAGAACAACUCAAAAGAAGUGAUAACAGUAUUACUAGAAAAGGUUGAAUGUCCCCAAAACAAUGGCAAACAAGGAACAUGUAAUCAGUGUCUUCAUCCGGGUACCAUGUUGGCUAUAACAGGAAGAGGAAUAGAAGAUGAUAUAGAAGAUGAUACAAUACACAAAAUAGCUGUUGUACUCCUGUAUUAUAUAAUUAGCCAAGAGCACUUCUGUUCUUCAAGAAAUGGGCUCAUUAACACAGACUUCUCAUUCUAUGUAAAAAAUAUACUAAAUUUACGACAAGAUGAAGACUGUAAAUAUCUUUCUGGUAAUGAAAUAGAGGAUAUUUUGCAACUAACAAGACAACAUUUCCAACAUACUGAUGGGUUUCAGUGUACUGAUGUCAUUUCGUUGGAGAGUGAAUUUGGAAUAUUGCAAAAUACUGAAGCUGAUGAAAAAAUGCUUCCUAAAUUAGCUGAAAAAAUUAUUUCAUUAUCCAUACAAGGCGUCUGUUUAAGAAAAAAACAGUUACCAAGCAGCAACUUCUUUACUGACUUCAUUUUCCAAAGUUUAAACAGAACAAGUGAGCUGUUUGCAUCAGACCUAGACAAACUGAUUGGAAAACUUAAAGCAACGGCAGAAUGUGACGAAUCUGACAGAAAAUACAGAAGAAAAUUGAGAAGUCUUGUAAUUCCCGGAACCAAUUAUGAACAAUUACCUGUGCCAACAACGGAUAGAAAUAAGGAAUUAAACAAUCCAGCUAUGCAUGAAACCCAAGAACCCUUAUCAAACUGGAAACAGGGGCAGCCUUGUUUUUCUGCAUAUGAGAUUGUGAAAAUAUUUCUACCAAAUAGUCACUCUCCUAUCAACAAUGAGCACUUCAAGCAAAUCAGUCCAGCAAUUAUUUAUCAACUGUUAACAUGUACGUGCCACUUAAAAGAUCAUAGAAACACACAGCUUCCGCCUCCCUCUACCUUGGAAAGAUAUGGCUACAGCACAAUUGCAGUACUGCUUCUUACAGCUGGGUCUAUGUUUGGUGCCAUACUCAUCAUAUUUAGCUCUUGUGAAGAAAACUAUAAACUCAUUUUACAGUUGUUUGUUGGGCUGGCAGUGGGCACGAUGUGUGGUGAUGCACUAUUACACUUGAUUCCUCAGGUCCUUGGUGUACAUAAAAGCGAUGAACAUGAAUAUCACAUCCAAGAAGGGGAACAAUUCUUUGAAGAAAAAGACUACAUAUGGAAGAUAAUGGGAAUCAUUGGUGGAAUCCAUGGGUUCUUCCUCAUUAAUAAACUGUGCAUUUUACUGAUUUCAUCUACAAGAAAGAUUAACAAUGCACAUACUGCUUUUCGUGUUGUUUCUGGAGGUGACCAUUGUACACUGGAAUCUUAUGGAAAUGAUGAGUCUAGAAAAGCUAAAUCUAGCUCAACUAUUCAACUGAAAAGUCCUGAGGACUGCGAGCCUGCAGAAGUGACUGCACCUGAUAUUACCCCAGUUAGUCUCAGAGGAAGAAAAAAAAACAAAGGUUUCAGUUUGCUAGCAAUAAUGGUUCUGAUGGGAGAUAGUCUACAUAACUUUGCUGAUGGAAUGGUAAUCGGAUCUGCUUUUUCAUCUUCAACUGAGACUGGAGUAGCAACUACUAUUGCAAUUCUCUGUCAUGAAAUUCCACAUGAAAUGGGUGAUUUUGCAGUAUUACUGAAUGCUGGACUUUCAGCCAAGAUCGCAUUUUUAAUGAAUUUUAUCAGUGCACUAACAGCCUUCGCUGGUCUUUACAUAGGCUUGUCAGUGUCCAGUAAUCCUAAUAUUCAAAUAUGGAUAUUUACUGUAACAGCUGGAAUGUUCCUUUACCUGUCAUUGGUUGAAAUGCUUCCUGAAAUGACUCAUAUUCAGACUCAACGGCCAUGGUUGAUGUUUUUCCUGCAAAAUACAGGACUGAUUCUUGGAUGGCUUUGCCUCUUACUGUUAGCAAUUUAUGAACAUAAAAUUAAACUAUGAAGCUUAUGCUAAGGGCUGAUAAAGUAACGUUUAAUACAUUGUUUUCAUAAUUGUGUUCUGUUUCAUUCUGUGCAUUCUUUGAGAGAUUAAUAUCUUUUUUUUU